UCCAUAACAUAACCUAAAAUUUUGACGUUUAUUUAGCAAGGGAACUUAUUGCAUUACUAUGUUUAUGAUUUAAUAAUUAUAUGAGAAACCAAUAUCAAUAUAUAAAUAAAUAUGGCUUUAAUAAGACGUUGUGUGCCACUUCUAGCGAAGGCUGUGAAAAUUCAUCCAGUAGCCACGCAAGCUCAAAAGAUUCAUCGAUGGGUGGCUCCUACACUGAUGGAGCUGAAGCGUCGUGAAGAUAAGCUCGGAGGAAAGAAAGCUCACCCCAGAAACACGUAUCUUGAAUGGAACCUAGAAGCCGAACUAUACGCAUUUGCACAGCGAUUAAACGAAGAUUUCGAUCCAGAUUUGCUACUUCAAGCAUUCACAGACAGAUCCUAUGUUAUUAAGGAAGAGAUGAAACAAAAAGAAAUGGAGUUUGCUAUUAAAAUGAAGGACAAUAGAGAGCUAGUUGAAAUAGGUCAUAAUUUCAUAAAUGCCUAUGUUCAGGCUUACUUAGAGACAGUACUGCCAAAGUUCCCCCUGGAAGGAGUGAAAGGAGUUUGUGCAUUUUUAACCAGUGAGGAAACAUUAGCUGAUGUAUCUCGGCAUUUAGGCACUAAAGACAUUAUUUUAGCUGCUGAAUACCCAGUAGACAAUUUCAUUCUCGCAAACACAUUUAAGGCUGUGGUUGGAGCUCUGCUGGAUUCUACGGGAGAAGAGAGAGCUGCACACUUUGUUAGAGACUUUGUCAUCACACAACUGCAAGGUAAAGACGUCAAUGAAUAUCUGCCUAUAGAAGAUCCGUGGUCAAAGUUAUCACAACUUGUGGAGAAGGAUGGGGGUAAACUAGAGCCAAGACUUAUAGGGGAGACUGGCAGGAACACCCUGCUGGCUUGCUACAGAGUCGGACUAUAUGUAGAUAAGAAAAUGGUGUCUUCAGGUUUCGGCGAGACAGUAGCGAUCGCGAAAGAAAUGGCGGCAAGAGAAGCUCUAAAGAAGAUAUUUGGCACAGAAGAUCACAUGAAGCCGAUCGACUUCAAACUAGACGGCAUACCUAAGCCAAACGCGCAAGCACGCUACCAGAUAUCUGCUAAAUAAAUUACAACUAUAGUGUAAUGUAGAAUUAGGAUUAAACUUGUAUAUUAUUUAA